AGUUUGUACAGUAUCUAUGUACCUUUGGUUUGAUGAGAGUCGAAUUUUGUUCGUGGAUUUUCCAGCUGAGUUUUAAUCAGUAUUUUUUUAAUGCAGCCUGUAUGCAUCAAAAUGAAGAGGAGACAGCAUACAUAUUUACACUCUGGAUACCAUAUUUUAUAACUUGGGGGUGUAAUUACCCCUAGACGAAUUUGUUAUGAAUCGACAUUUUAUGUGGCUGUAGGCAAUCAGUGUGAGUGGAGUAGAGAUGAUGGGAGUGGCCAGAGCUGGAGGAGGAGGUCUGGUUCUGGGUCUUGGUACCACCUCGGGACAGGUGUUCCUGGUAUCCAUCGUAUCUGACAAUCUGCUCUGGCUGCCUCUGGAGGUUCCCGACACCUCCGGGAAGAGAAGAGUGAAAUGUCUGUCAUGGCUGGUGAAGAGUCCCGACCAACUCUAUCUGGCUACUGGCUACAGUGGUGGCCUGGUGGCAGUUUGGAGAAUAGACCUCAACAAAGCUGACUCACAGGUAGAGCAUUCAGUGGUCGGUAGACUCCAGGACACAAAAGCUGAUAUCACCUUGACCAGCUGGGCCCCUGAUGAGAGGGUACAGGCAGUAGGUACAGUGAUGGGGGAGGUUGUGUUCUACGUGAGUGGUCCUGGCAGCAGUAGUGGCUGGCAGUGCAGCCAGAAACUGGGGUGUGGAGGUUCCGCCAUCACUUGUGCUGCAUGGAUGACCAAUAGCAGGAUAGAGCAUUCAGUGGUCGGUAGACUCCAGGACACAAAAGCUGAUAUCACCUUGACCAGCUGGGCCCCUGAUAAUAGGGUACUGGCAGUAGGUACAGUGAUGGGGGAGGUUGUGUUCUACGUGAGUGGUCCUGACAGCAGUAGUGGCUGGCAGUGCAGCCAGAAACUGGGGUGUGGAGGUUCCGCCAUCACUUGUGCUGCAUGGAUGACUAAUAGCAGUAUACUAGCAGUGGGAGGAACUGACGACAGUAUUCACAUUCUGCAGAGGAGACAGUCUCCCGUCACUAGCACACCUACCAACACUCAGUCCUCCCUCUUCUCUUACUGUGAGACCACAUCACCAGUAACAGCAAACAGUCGAAAUAUUUUCUUUCUUCACAGUCAAGCCAGUAGAUGCCGACAAGUAUGUCUACACUCACUGGCUAAGAGGAGGUAGUCAAGUAAGUGUCCACCAAGUGGAGGUACUGAGAGGUAGGGAUGGGAGAGAUGGAGUGAGAGGUCCAGCUGGACCACCAGGACAACCUGGACCAACAGGAACCAAUGGGCCACAGGGAGAGAGGGGACUGCAGGGAAUGUUAGGCCCCCGGGGGGUUAACGGAGAAAAAGGAGAUCAUGGGGACAAGGGAGAUCGCGGGGACACUGGACUCCCUGGACCACAGGGACCACUAGGAGCCCCAGGUCCUCUUGCCAUGGGAGGAGCUGUCUAUGUUCGCUGGGGGAGGACUGUUUGUCCCAGUGGCCAGGGAACUGAGCUGGUGUACUCUGGGAGAGCUGGAGGGAGUCGACAUAAUCACCGUGGAGGGGGUGCCAACCAUCUCUGUAUGCCAGAUGAUCCUGAACACUUGCAGUAUACUAGUGGAGUACAAGGACAUAGCUACAUAUAUGGAGUGGAGUAUCGAUCAUUCAGCUCUGAACCGUUACAAACUGUUCUUUACCACAAUGUUCCAUGUGCUGUGUGCCAUGUCACAACACGGACUACACUGUUGAUGAUUCCAGCUAAAGUCAACUGCACCACAAACUGGACCACAGAGUACACUGGAUACUUGAUGACUGCAGGCUAUAGGCAACAUCGUUCCACGUAUGAAUGUGUGGACAAAGAUCCUGAAUCUGUUGCUGGACUUAAUGGUUAUAACAGCAAUACUGCGUUCUUCUACCAUGUGGAACCUCAUUGUUCUGGGAUGUCCUGUCCACCAUAUGAUAGUGAGAAGGAGCUCACCUGUGUGGUGUGCUCUCAUUGAAAACUUCCAUCAAUAAUAAUUAUACGCACUGUGUAUUUAAUGUUGAUAAACUUAUUGUCAAAAUUAUCAUGCGGAUGAUAGGA